AUGUUGUUCUUCUCGCUGCCUCGAGCGGCUUUCUUUGCUCUCCUCCUGUCGUCCGUACUGGCCCUCCAGCUUCCAGAACUGUUCUCGCGCCAGGAACCCGGUUCCCCCAACUACGAAUGCCAUGAAGAUUGCGGCCUGGUUACCGCGUUUUGGCACAAAGACGGCGAAUACUGUGACAACCCAGAUUUCCAAAAGCACCUUUCGAACUGUCUGAAGUGUGCCUUGACCGAGGAUGUCUGGAAGUAUUACGGCGAAAAUGUCAAGAACGCUGCCAACAAAUGUCACGUUGAUGCCACUCCCAGUCCCUCAUCCGCGCAGGGGCCAUCGCCAGCCACUGCGUCCGGGACGGGCUCUGGAGAAAGCUCUUCCUCUCUGACAACCACCACUGGUGAGGCUUCGACUUCGAAGACUGUAUGUCCUGUUACUCACACUUCUCACCUCUUUCUCAAUCUAAUCAGCUUCAUAGGAGACUUCUUCUUCCACCACCACAUCCGCUACCGGAAAAAGCUCCUCCUCGGUUUCCGAAUCCACCUCGAAGACUUCCGAGGCAAGACUGGUACUACUCCGGCCACUACUGGUGAAAGCUCCUCGGCCAAGACAACUGCUGAGCAUACUUCGACCAUCGUGACUGCCUCGGGCACUCCCCAUCUUUCGACAUCUGUGACUGCUUCAGUCACUUCGCAUGUCUCGAGUUCCGCCAAGGGAACUUCUCCAACAACCUCUUCUAGUGCGUCGUCUGUUUUCAAUGCCGCAACGCCCAUUCAGCAAAAUGCCGUUCUUGCUGCGCUUAUGGGUGUUCUGGCAUGGGCAUUCGCCGCAUGA